AUGAGUAAUUCAGAAGAUGAUAUUUAAUUACUAAAAAAAACUAUUAAUGAGAAAGACUAACAGAUAAGUGACCUUGAAAAAAAAUUAAGAUUAGAGUAAUUUAGAGUGAAAAAGCAAUAGAAUGAACUAAAUGCAAAAAUAGAAAAUGAGAAAUCCACUGCCCAAAAUAAUGCUGAUUAAAUCAAUCGUUUUGAAUUACAAAUAAAUGAUCUUAAAUAGAAGGUAGCUAUGAAAUUCAUAUUUAAGCUUAGUGAAACUGAAAAAAAAAAUUUGUAAUUAAUAGAGGAAAUAAGUGCCUUGAAAAAAAGAAGAGCCUCAGGUUCUACAGAUGAAGACUUUUAACCAAAAAAAGAAUAUCAAGGAGAUUUUCCUUCUCUCUAAUAGAUUCUAGGAAUAAUACAAACAAAUCAAGGGAAUUAUCAACCUGAACUUGCUAAAUUGUAUGAAUACUACACAGAGGCUUGUUAAAAUAAAGAUGAAUAAAUCAAUUCUUUAAAAGAAGAGAUUAAAGAUCUUACACAAUAGUUAGAUGUUAAAGUAUAUAUAUUGAGAAUUUCUAUUGUAGUAAUCUGAUUUAACAAAAUAAGUGGAAUAAUAAGAAGAAAGAAUUAAAUAAUUAAAAUAGAGUCUUGAUGAGAGAGAGAAUGAAUUGAAGAAUGUAGUUCAAUAAACAAGUGAUAAUAGUGAUCAAAAGAUUUAAGAAUUAGAAAAAUAAUAUCAAAGUUAAUUAAGCGAAAAAGAUAAAUAAUUAUAAGAAGUUAAUAAGAAAUGUAAGUUUGAUGUUUUCAAGUUAAAUAAAUAACUUACUGAAUAAAAGACUUUGAUAGAAAGUGAACAAGCUAAGUCUAAUUUACUUCAAUAAAAAAUUGAUAGAUAAGAGAAUUCAUUGAGAGAAUUGGAAAUUAAGGUAUUAUAUAUAAUUGAAAUAUUUUAAAGAUAUCUGAAUUAGAAUAAAAGAAUUUACUUUUGAUUGAAGAAACAAAACAAAAAUAAUAAGAAAUUGAAAGAUUGAAUGAGGAAGGUCUCAAUAGAGUAUAAGUUGAAGAGAUUUCUUAGGAUAAACCUUCAUAUUAAGAAUUGGUUGAUUUGAUUUAGAAAUUUUAAGUUAAUGAGAUUACUUAUCAAUAAGAAUUGAAAAAUUUAGAAGAGGAAUUGCAAUUGAAAAAUACACAUUCUUUUGAAUUAUAAGAAGAGUUGAGUUAAUAUAUUGAAAAAUUUUAGUUGCAAGAUAGAAAGGUAAUUAAUAUAGGGAUAAAUUUAGUAUUAAGAUAAUUUAAGAUUAAUUAAGGUUUUAGAAGAAUAAUAAGUUAGUGAAAGAUAAGUUUCAUAAGAAUUAUAACAUUAUGUUGAACAAUUAAAAUAAGAGAAAGAACAUUAAUAAUCAGAAUUUUUACAUAAAAUUAAAGAAUUGAGUGAACAUAAUACUAAUAUUGAUGAUGCUGUUAAUGAUGUAGAAUAGAAGUAUUAAAAAAUGAUGAUGAUUUAAGAAGAAUAAUAUUAAAGAAGAGAAUAGGAAUUAAUUCAUUAAAUUGAAUAAACAGAGGAGAAAUUAAGUUAAUAAGAAUAAUUAUUGAAAAAGUAGGAAUAAAAAUAUAAAAAUGAAAUUAAAUAAUCUGAAGAAAAUAAUAAUUAAUUGAUUUAAUAGAAAUAAUAAUAAAUAUCAUAAUUAUAAAAAUAAUUAUAAGAUGAAACACAUAAGAUUAGAGAAGAAAAUAAUAAAUAAAUAAAUGAAAUUAAAUAAGAAAACUAUAAAAAAGAGAAAUAAUUAGAAUAAAAAAUAUAAGAGAUUACAAAAUAAUAUGAAGGAGAACUUGGGAAAAUUAGAAAGAUGGAAAUUGUUUUAAAAAAGAAAGAUAGAGAAAUUGCAGAAGAAAAAGAAGGUAAAAAAUUUGUUGAAGAAUAAUUAUAAAUUAUAACUGAAAAAAGUAAUAAGAUGAUUGAAUAAUAUGAUAAUAAAAUUAAAGAGAUUUAAAUAACAAAUCAAGUAAACAAAUAAGAUUAGCAUAGACAUUCUAUAUUUGAUUAGAGAAUGUCUAUUUCAAGUUCAGAUAUUAAUAAAACAUUUGAAAUUGAAGUAUUAAAAGCUUAAAUAGAAUAAUUGUAAUCAAAAGGAGAUAUAGAAUUAUAAGCUGAAAUUAAUAGAUUAAAUGAAAAAGAAAGAGCAUUAAAGAAAGAAUUAGUUGAUUUAUAAAAUGAAAUAGGUAAUGAAAGACUCAAUUUCACUGUUGUUUAAAGAUAAUUAGAAUAAGAAGUAGAAAGUUUACAUUAAGAAAUUAAUAAUCUUAAAUUAGAUCAUUAAAGUGAAUUAGAUUAAAUUAAUGAAUAAAAUAAUAGAAUUGUAUCAUCAUAAAAAAAUGAAUUCUCAACUAAAAUGAAUAAAUUAGAAUAAAAAUUAGAACAAUAAGCAAAUCAAUUUUAAAAGAAGUAAAAUGAUAUUGAAGUAGAAAAGGAAAAUAUUAUAUAAUAAUUAAAGAGUAUAAUAUAUUAAUAAAUAUAAUAGUUAAAAUUAAAUAAUUAGAAGAAUAAAUUAUUGAAUUGAAAGAUAAGAAAAAUAAUAAAAAUCCUCCUUAAUAAAUCUAAAUUUAAGAUGAUACUAUACAUUUAUAAUAAGAAAUCAAUUCUUUGAAUGAAAAGGAUAGAUUAUUGAGGAAAGAAAUAUUGGAUUUAUAAAAUGAAUUAGGGAAUUUAAAAUUGAGUCAUACUAUAAAAAUUAGAGAAUUGGAAACAUCUAUUGAAUAGUUUAAAUAAGAUUCUAUUCAUGCUUAGUAAGAAUAAGAUUAUGCUGAAUAAUUGACAGCAAAAAUAAGUAUAUAAUAUGCAGAAUUGGCUAUGGAAUAUGAAAAUGCAGUACUAUAAAAUAGAUCUUAUCGGAAAUCAAUAUCUAAACUUAAAUAAUGA